CGAUGCCUCGGCGUUGUUGGGCCAGGAUCGAACACGAUCGAAUGCAUCGCUGCGCGCAUCGAAGCUGCGGAGUUUCACUGGGCUUCAUUGACCAUCGCGCGGCUCGGUUCACUUUGCCUUUUGGUGCCAAUGACGACGAACCGUGCGCUCCCGAGCUUGAAGCUCACGUACUUUGACAUGCCGGGGCGCGCCGAGCUGAUUCGCCUCGUGUUGUCGCUGCACGACAUUCCUUUCGAAGACGAGCGGCUGACCCGGGACGCAUUUGCGGCUCGCAAGGCGUCGUUUCCGUUUGAACAAGUGCCGACGCUCACGAUCGACGGUGUUGAGUUUGCCCAAGGCCACAGCCUCGCGCGCUAUGUCGGGAAGCUCACGGGCAUGUACCCGUCCGACCCAAUCGACGCACUGCGCGUCGACGAGAUGCUCUCAUUUCAAGAAGACGUGGUACAGGCGCUCAUUCCGAUGCUCCGCGAGCAAGACAUUGAGCGCAAGACGGCGCUCGCAACCGAGCUCGCGAGCAGCAAGCUGCCGCACCUUUUUGAGCUCCUGGAACGUCGACUGGCGGUGACCAAAGGCACGUUUGUACUGGGCGAGACCAUGACGAUGGCCGAUGUUACACUGUAUGUGCUCUUUGCCACGUUCAAAUCUGGACGAUUUUCACCCAUGGACACUGCGUUCGUCGACGACUACCCGCACUGGCGCGCCAUCUACACUGUGUUGCACGGCCAUCCAAAGGUUCAAGCUUAUUACGCCCAGCAGGCCGAGCGGAGCAAGCCCGAGUAGUUUCGUGAUUUGCCAGGUUGGACUAAGACAAAGUUAACCGGGAGAAACAAGUCGCUGCGUGUUGUUCUGUG